CACGCCUAGAGAGAGAAAACCAAGGGGAAAAGCAGGAGAUGGUCAUUGCCUUGGCCAUAACGAACUGGGAGAGCGAGAAAAAGAAGAGAGGAAACUGAAGAGCGGCCAGUAGCUGUACGUCUAAUCGGCAGGCGGCAGGCCUCGUCGUCGGUCACCUGUGGUGUGAGCAACUGGGCCUUGAUCUUGGAACAAAGAGGUCGGCCGUUUGGAGGAAUAAGCAGUCAAGCAGGAUGGAAGAAGAGCCGAAUCGGAGGAGGCUGUAUCAAGUUUGGAGAGGAAGCAAUAAAUUUCUCUGCGGCGGGCGCCUAAUCUUCGGUCCGGACGCGGGUUCCCUCUUCCUGUCCACAGUUCUAAUCAUAGGCCCCUUGGUCGGCCUAUGCUGCCAGUGCAUCACAAAGAUGAACUCCAGCACCUCGGAUCAGAAGAAGAAUGUCCUUGGCCUGCCGGUCCUCAUCGCCACGGUCCUUCUCGGCCUAGCGGAUUUGGCAUUCCUGCUCCUGACGUCGAGCAGGGAUCCGGGGAUCGUGCCGAGGAACGCGCGUCCUCCCGAGUGCGGCGACGAGCAGCAGGUGGUGGACAUGACGACGCCGUCGACCGAGUGGGUGAACGCGGCGAGCCCCCACCUCCGCGUGCCCCGCUCCAAGGACGUGGUCGUCAACGGGUGCGUGGUCAAGGUAAAGUACUGCGACACGUGCCUGCUGUACCGCCCGCCCCGCACGUCCCACUGCUCCAUCUGCAACAACUGCGUCCAGAAGUUCGACCACCACUGCCCCUGGGUCGGCCAGUGCAUCGGCCUGCGGAACUACCGCUUCUUCUUCCUCUUCAUCUCCACGUCCACGCUCCUCUGCUUUUACGUCUUCGCCCUGUCGUGGCUCAACAUCGCCGCCGAGAGGGAGGAGUACGGCGGCUCACUGCUGAAGUCCAUGGGCGGCGAGGUGUUGUCCGUCGUGCUCAUCGUCUUCACCUUCGUGUCGGUGUGGUUCGUCGGCGGCCUCACCGUGUUCCACCUCUACCUCAUGAGCACCAACCAGACCACGUACGAGAACUUCAGGUACAGGUACGACAAAAAGGAGAAUCCCUACAACAGGGGCGCGCUAGCCAACAUCGCCGAGGUCUUCUUUACGCGGAUGCCGCCCUCGCUCAACCGUUUCCGGUCGUGGGUGUCGGAGGACGACGACGCGUACGGCGGCGGCGGUGGCGGCGUGCUCUCUCCGAUGAGCGGCGGGCUCGAUCUGGAGAUGGGGCGCAAGGGCGUGCACUACAGCCCCGGCGGCAUCCCGGCGAUCCUUCAGGGGAUGGAUUACAGCGAGAUGGAGAAGAUGGACGCUGUGGGUGUGCACGUCAAGGACCGGCAAGCGGCGCCCGAGGCGCCGGACCUGUUCGUAAUCUCACCGGCCUGGCAGCACGACGUGGGCUGCGGAGGAGGAGGAGGAGAAGGAGAACGUAGCCCCGCAACUGUACAGGACCAAGAUGCUGAGAGGACACUUGUGAGCUCGAAUGCAAAUUCUCAACGGUGAUCAUGCGCGAGCUCUUGUUCUUUUCCCUUUUUGGCGGUCAGGCCUACGUCCUGCAAUUUUCCUUUCUUUUUUGCCUCGACUGAACUGUAAAUUUUAUACGUGCAAGCAGCAGCGUUGCACUCGAAAGGGUC